GAGCGGACGUCCCAUACCCGUUAUGUCCACCCAUAAGGAUACGUGAUAUUUCGGGAGUGAACUUUUGUUAAUCGCUUUUGAAUGCCUUGGUUACAUAAACGCCACAUGUGUCAUAAGUUUAUGGACGUUUAUUUUUAUGCAAUGUGACCUGGAUAAAUUGUGUUUGGUGUAGUGAAAAGUUUUUGUUUAAAGUUUAUAUUAUCCUGCUUCUACGAACGGAUACAGUUUAUUUUUAAGCUUCAAUGAACUUGCCAAUAUUGUAAACGUUUUAUGGAUGCGUGACUGUGAAAUAGUAAAUUCCGACCUUAUUACGACCUUGUUAUCACCUGCUCUAACAAAGUUCGGAAAACUUUUGAAAAAAGUUUAACCAAUCGCAGUCAAAAUCACCAGAUUUGAGAGACGCAACUGUGGCCUUCCAGUGUAAAUUGUUGAUGACCCUAAGAGUCGUAUGUGGCUCCGCAGCCACAGUUUACCUGGUACACCCACAAGACACACUUCCAAACUCUUCUCAUGAUUUGAGAAGACUCACGUGUACGACCUACUACCUCAACUGCCUCAUGUGCGAUGAUGGACCAUGGACAGUGACGGGCGCCUCGUGUUCUGGAAGGGAGGGGUGUGGGAGGGGGGAGCCCCCACUCUGAACUGCAACACCUGCAAGAAACGGAGAGCUGACAGGAUGAACGCCAAUGACCGGCCUCCGGGUGAGUUGAAGAAACUCUCAGAGGAGAGUCUCACUCGGCAGCCUGAGGAGGUGUUCGAUAUCAUCUGCAAGCUUGGAGAGGGGUCCUAUGGAAGCGUUUAUAAGGCACUCCACAAAGAAAGCGGGCAGGUCCUGGCCAUCAAACAAGUGCCGGUGGACACUGACCUGCAGGAGAUCAUCAAAGAGAUCAGCAUCAUGCAGCAGUGCGACAGUCCUUACGUCGUCAAAUACUAUGGCAGCUAUUUCAAGAAUACCGACCUCUGGAUCGUAAUGGAAUACUGCGGUGCAGGCUCCGUAUCAGACAUCAUGAGGCUUCGAAAGAAGACCUUAUCAGAGGAUGAAAUAGCGACCAUACUGUGUGACACGCUCAAGGGGCUGGAAUACCUGCACAGAAGACGCAAGAUCCACCGAGACAUCAAAGCGGGGAAUAUACUCCUCAACACUGAAGGUCACGCCAAACUGGCUGACUUUGGAGUCGCUGGACAACUUACAGACACAAUGGCCAAACGCAACACAGUAAUCGGCACCCCUUUCUGGAUGGCACCGGAGGUUAUACAAGAGAUCGGUUACGACUGUGUGGCUGACAUCUGGUCACUUGGUAUAACCGCGCUGGAAAUGGCAGAAGGCAAACCUCCGUAUGGCGACAUACAUCCAAUGAGAGCCAUCUUCAUGAUACCGACUAAACCUCCACCGUCCUUCAGAGAACCAGACCAAUGGUCGCCAGAAUUCAUCGACUUUGUUACGCAGUGCCUUAUAAAAAACCCUGACGAGAGAGCUACGGCGGAAUAUCUGCUAACACACGAAUUUAUUGUACACCCGAGCCUUAACGCAGCACCAAUCCUCAAGGAGUCGUUAUCCAACAACGUACCCAAGUGCGAUGAUGGCAAGGCGUGUAGCCAGGCCCCCGACUCGGGCGCUACUGCCGCCUUUAACCGAGCCAACUCAACCCCCGAUGCGCUCUCCAGCAACUGUUCAUGCAAGAAAAGCUACAAGUCCCACAUCCUGCAUGCGACGCACCCCCAACCCGCCAUGCCGAAUGGGAAGAGUAGCCUGCAACCACUGGGAUUCCUCAAACCGGACAUUCAGGAUGGACUCCAGACCGCUUUGGAGCACCUCAUCGAAUCUCAUCACAACCUGCAUAUGCAUCCAAGUCGGCGCCGUUCUCAAAGUGGCGAAGUUUACGACGACGCAACAAUGAAGAAACGGGACGAAGGCACUCUAGUGCCCACGCGAGACGGCACAGAACUGACGCACGACCUCGGCACUAUGGUCAUUAACGAACCUGACGCUGACCUCGCCACCAUGAAACGCCACGACACGGAUCCAAUGGACACCAACCGCCCGAAAUACCGGCCGCUCUUCCUCGACCAUUUUGAGAAGAAAGACGUGAACCAUCUCAACCUCGGCACGGCUAAUGGAACACUCACCGGCCCUUUGAGGUUACCGGGAGAUGAUACCGUCAGAUCCGAAGGCAUAGUAGGCGAAGCCGGCGCCCUAGCGUUCCAACGAGCGCUGGUCGAAGACGGCAACAUGGAAUUCCUUACCUUCCUGUCAGUAUCGGAGCUCGAAGCCCGCAUGGAGCGCCUCGACUCAGAAAUGGAGGCCGAGAUCGAACAACUCCGCGCCCGAUACAACCACAAGCGGCAACCCAUCCUCGACGCUAUCGACUUGAAGCGUAAGCGGCAACAGAACUUUUAAGUUAAGUCAACUUGUGUCAAACAUGAUCUUUACGGAGAAAAAUGUACGUAGCUCUACUGGAUUAAGUGGAAAUAGAGGUUCGAGUAACUUUGAGCCCGGUACAACUACAAGCGGCAACCCAUUCUCGACGCUAUCGACUUGAAGCGUAAGCGGCAACAGAACUUUUAAGUUAAGUCAACUUGUGUCAAACAUGAUCUUUACGGAGAAAAAUGUACGUAGCUCUACUGGAUUAAGUGGAAAUAGAGGUUCGAGUAACUCUGAGCCCGGUACAACCACAAGCGGCAACCCAUUCUCGACGCUAUCGACUUGAAGCGUAAGCGGCAACAGAACUUUUAAGUUAAGUCAACUUGUGUCAAACAUGAUCUUUACGGAGAAAAAUGUACGUAGCUCUACUGGAUUAAGUGGAAAUAGAGGUUCGAGUAACUCUGAGCCCGGUACAACCACAAGCGGCAACCCAUUCUCGACGCUAUCCACUUGAAGCGUAAGCGGACACAGAACUUCUAGAUCUUUCUUUCCAUAGACAUAGAUGUUUGUUGAUUUAAAAAUUUUGAAAAUUGAAUUAACAUCAAGUCGCUUAGAGAAACCUCACUAAAGGGCAACCCAUCCUUGUCGCUAUCGACUUGAAACGUAAAAGGCACUAGAACAAGCCUACUUGUGUCGAAUAUGAUCUUUAAGGAGAAAAUUAUAUGUAGCUCUACUGAACCAUAGAUUAAAUAUAAGAUCAUAUCAUUCCAUACUAAUGUAUGGGAUGGCAUUUUAAUAAAUGCGACCGUCUAAGAACGCGCAUACACCAUACAUAGAUGGCGCCACAAAAAAAUGUCUUGUAGCUUUCGAGUAUACUUGUAGAUGGCGUUAAG